UUACUAAUUGUUGACCAAAAACAAACUGAUUACUGUUAUUAAAAUUAUAAUUUUGGAAUAGAUCGUUAAACCAAAACAGGAGACGGUAAGUUUAUAUUAUAAUAUACAGAAAUGAUAUUCUCUGAAUAUUAAUUUAAGAAACUUGCAUAUUUCGUGAAUUAUUUAAUUGGUAUAGUCAAAGGAUGUAUAGGUUGCAUAUAUAGAAAUCAGAAGUUCCGUGAACAAAUUUUGAGAGCUUACAAAAAGAAUAUCAAGGAGAAUAAUGGAGAAUGAAGAUUUCUUGAGAAGUACUGUUCAUGGAAGAGAAGAAAGACAUGAGGAGAAGAGAAAACAUGUUUCGUCUCACGAUGAUUCGCAUCAAGAACAAGACCAUAUAAUAAGAUCCAAGUUGGACUCAAUUAGAGUCGAAAUGGAGGAGGCUAAAGAGGAAAAUCGAAGGCUAAAGUCAUCAUUGAGUCGGACAAGAAAGGAUUUUGAGAUCCUGCAAACACAAUACAACCAAUUAAUGGUGCAACAUGAAGACUGGACAAAUAAGUUCUCACCGAAAGGCCAUCAUCAAGACAAAGAAGAUGAAGACAAAGUAAACAUUAGCGAGCGCGAGGAACUUGUUUUGUUGAGCCUAGGUAGACGGUCAAAAUCACCGGUUCCAAGUGGCUCAAUGACGAAUCAAGACGAAAAGGGGAAAGGCUUAAUGGAUGAAACUGGUGAUGGCAAAAAAACUGAUGAACAUGAUGAAGGGUUAAGUAUGGGAUUUGAAUACAAGGAUUUGAGUAAUCCUAGUGAGAAGUUAGAGAUUGACCAUAGUCAAGAAAAGACGUCCUUGGAGGUUAAUAGCAGUAAUAAGAUCCCAUCAGAGAAUAGUUUCGGGUUUAAGAAUGAUGGAGAUGAUCAUGAAGAUGAAGAAGAGCUUUUACCUCAGAACCUUGUUAAGAAAACUAGGGUUUCUGUGAGAUCUAGAUGUGAGACACCUACGAUGAAUGAUGGAUGUCAAUGGAGGAAAUAUGGUCAGAAAAUAGCUAAAGGGAAUCCAUGUCCUCGAGCUUACUAUCGUUGUACCAUUGCACCUUCUUGUCCCGUAAGAAAACAGGUACAAAGAUGUUCAGAAGAUAUGUCUAUUCUUAUCUCAACUUACGAAGGAACACACAACCAUCCACUUCCCGCGUCAGCAACCCCCAUGGCAUCAGCCACUUCCGCCGCAGCCUCCAUGCUCAUCUCCGGAGCCUCCUCCUCCGGCGCAGCGGAUCUUCAUGGCCUUAACUUCUCUCUAUCCGGCAAUAGCAUCACUCCGAAACCCAAAUCACCGUUCCUCCAAACCUCUUCUUCUCCUUCUUCUACAGGCCAUCCCACCGUCACUCUAGACCUCACUGCCUCCUCCUCGUCGCAGCAAACGUUCUUAUCAAUGCUCAAUAGAUUCAGUGCUUCUCCUAGUAAUGUCCCAAGAUCUAAUAGUUAUCCUUCGACCAAUCUCAACUUCUCAAACAACACCAACACAUUGAUGAACUGGGGUAGUGAUAGUGGUAGUGGUACUCGCAAUGAGCAAUACCGUGCAGCUUUCGGCAACGUUGGCACCCAUCAGCAAUCACCUUACCGCUAUAUGAUUCAAACUCGAACCACCGGGUCAUCUUUUGACCCGUUUGGGAGAUCGUCUUCAUCUUCUACAAAUCCUACUCAUCAAGUGCAAUCUUUACCGGCGGAAACAAUCAAGGCGAUCACUACUGAUCCAAGUUUUCAAUCGGCUCUUGCGACUGCUCUAUCUUCCAUCAUAGGUGGAGAUUUAAAGAUGGACAAUGUAACUAAAGAUGAAGCCGGGAAGAGCCCUUAAAAAAGUGCUAUAUAUGUUCUUUAUAUAAAUAUAUAUAAUACCCAAUAACUUCGUAUAUGGAUCUAGUUUUACUAGUUUCCUAGGUCAUAUAUACUUUGGUUGCUUAAUCAUAGUCUUAAUUAACCGGACCUCGUAGUCUGGUGGUAAAGGAACCUCGGCUGAGGUGCCCGCCAUCACGAGUUCGAGCCCCGGCCACGAGGGGUAUUUACAUGGGCUGCCUCUCGCCUUCCAGACCACUUCGCGUAACCAGGGGCCCUUAAGUGGACGCUUAAAAAUCCUGUAAUGGCAUGGGCUCAGGCCCGGUGGGCUAGUCGAUCACGCAAAGUGGUCGGAUACUGGACUA